CAGCAUGGAAGCUGCCGGCUUCGCUAUGAGCAAAUUCAAAGAAAGAGGACAAUUUCCCGAAGGGUUCAGAAUCAAGAUCAGCAGAAAUCGACAGAAUGUGAGAAAAGUGUUCAUCGGAGGACUAUCCCUUGAUAUCAGUAAGCAAGCUGUUCUUGAAUAUGUGUCUCAGUUCGGGGAAGUCCUAGAUUUUGAGAUCAAAACUCACCCAGACACUGGACUAUCUAGGGGAUUUGGAUUUGUGCUUUUCAAAGACUGUGCUAGUGUUGAAAAAGUGCUCCAAAUGAAAGAGCAUGAACUGGGUGGCAAGAAAAUAGAGUUUAAAAGGGCUACAGCCGUACCAUCUCCAUCACGCCCAACAAAGGUUUUUGUCGGUGGGUUGAACCCUCUUAUGCCUGAAGAAAAAGUCAGAGAGUAUUUUGACUUAUUUGGAGAGAUUGAGAAUAUUGAGUUUCCGCUGUUUCCAGGAACAAAGAAAAGACGAGCUUUCUGUUUCAUCACAUAUGCUGAUACAAACUCAGUGAGGAAGCUGGUGCAAGACAGAUUCCAUGUAAUUGGCUCCAGAUGGUGUGAAGUUAAAGUAGCUUUACCGAAACAAUAUUCAAAGUCACAGAGCCAGCUGGUAGAAGAUGUUCCAAGUGCUGGGAUAGGUUACCCCGGAGCAGGGCGUGUCCUUAAAGCUAAGCUAACUACUGAUCACGGAGCCAGCCAAAAUGCUUUUGGGGCAAACCAAAAUGUUUUCAGUGCAAACCAAAAUGUCUUCAGUGCAAACCAAAAUGUUUUCAGUGCAAACCAAAAUGUCUUCAGUGCAAACCAAAAUGUCUUCAGUGCAAACCAAAAUGUCUUUGGGGAGACUGGCGGUAGCAGAGGCCUUCCUACAAUGUUUACAUCUUACCCCUUUGUGUCGCCCACUGAAGAAUAUAAUUUCUCUCCUCAAAUGUAUGCAAAUCCCCAGGAUGACUACAGUAAUCAGCAAGUUUUUCAACACUGUGAUGGAAAUAAUCCCCUCAGAUACAACUAUGAAACUUAUGCAUUCAAUCCUGCAUGUACUUAUUAUAAUGCACAAAUAAACCCGGCCUUUCCCUUUGGUAGUGGUUACCAGGGAAUUUAAUAGCCACUCUGAAAUCUGAGGGUGAAGUGGCCACUGAAGAACCACUGGCUCCUGAAAUAAAAAGUUAAAUUACUCAUA